GGGGAGGGGGAAAGAGAUAUACAGAGGGCAGUGAUAGAAUAUUUGAAGGACACAGGAUUAUAUAAUAGAAUAUAGAUAAGUAUUAGAAUAUUUUAGUAUUAUAUUAUAUAGUAUUAUAUAGUAAUAUAUAGUAUUAUAUAAGUAUUAUUAUUAGGAUUAUUAUUAGUAGUAGUAUAAGUAGUCUCCUCACUAUCUAAGAUAGCAUAAAGUAAGAUACUGUAUAUGGCCCAUGUUACAUACUCCGGUACAGUAGGUGGCGGUAUGCACCUUUUCAAGUCAUGGUUGCAACCCGCCAUUAAACUAAAAGAAGAAGAAGAAGAACAGUGUUCCUGCUAACAGCUAAACAAAGAUGGCGGCGCCCUUGAGCAGCGCAGAGAUCGGAAGGUUACUCGCUGUCUUUAGCAAGCUUAAUUGUUUGGGCAUUUCUCCAGCAAGUAGAUGUCUUCAUGUCUCUGCAGUCUGCUGCAAGAACCAAGCUGCUCGCGUGCGAGUAGGAAAAGGAGACCGACCUGUGACCUACGAGCGGGCCCUGAAACCUCAUCACAUCGGCCACCGUAAAGGAUGGCUGUCCCAGCAUACCAGUAACCUUAAAGGAGAAGAAGGAGCAGCAGAUCGGGCAGUGGAGGACUCAUUCAUCAGGAGGUUCAUGUUUGGGACCUUCCACGGCUGCCUGGCCAAUGAGGUCGUAAUCAAGAGGCGCGGCAACAUGCUAACGGUGUGCGCCUUAAUGCUACAAAAGCUUCCACCACACAAGUUCUACUUCUUAAUUGGCUACUCAGAGUCGCUGUUGUCACACUUUUACAAGUGUCCCGUCAAGUUGGACAUUCAGACGCUGCAGGACAAACAAGUCUACAAGUAUUUCUAACCAAAGACUUUCACUUCCUGUUUUCUGUCACAAAAUGCUGUGUGUCACCGCGUGAUGUUUUGAAGGAACACGCACCAGGACCUUUGUGUACCUAAUAAAAAGAAUCC